AUAAGUGGGGGAACAGAAAUUUCCACUGCCAUUGAUCUGGAACACAACUAUGUGAUGGCAUGGGAGGGAAACAUAUCUGCAAAGAAGAAAGACAAAGUUAUUAUUGUUAGUAGACUAAAGGCAUACCGAAAGAAGUCAGCACCAGAGACGCUUACUGCUGAUUGGCCACAGACACUGCAGAUUGUUCGUGAAAUCCCCCAACGGUUGAUCAAUAAAACCAGACCAUAUGAUGGCCAUGCGGAUUACAUGAUCUUUGAAGCAUCCAAUGAUCACCGAGUAUAUGAACAAUUUAGAAAAAAGGAGCUUUGUGUAAGAAUCGACCUGCCUUCUCAGACAUUGAUCUUUACUCCAACUGGUGCACCAUGCCGUUUCAUUGGAACACUUUUUCCUGGGGAUUGCCCUCUAUACAAGUCAUGUGAACAAGAACAAAAUGAUCAAGCUACAGCGGAUGAAAGCGCAACGAAUGAAACUGAUUGAGCUUUAGCUACAAGGGGACUCAAUUCCAAUUAUUCAUCGCAGCCUAAUAAAGUCCUUUACAAACUCUUUUUUAACUUUAAAUUCUGUGGCGAGCAGAUAAAAGUUGACGUUAUAUGGAGUCGUUUCCAUGAAUUU